AUGCCGUCGAACGCCGCACGAGGUGGCUCGCGGCAUGCAUCGAUCUGCGGUGUAUGGACAGCAACAGCAGCAGCAGCAGUCGCGGCAGCAUCAGCAGUUUUGUUGUCUUUCUCUGCUCAGCCCGCCAUCGCUUCUUUUCUUACUUUUUCUCCUUCAAUUAGCCGCCGACCCUUUCUCGCCUCUCGCUUCCUGACGCAACACAGAGCAGCCCUAACACAGCAACACCAGCAGCAACAGCAGCAGCAACAGCAGCAGCAGCAGCGGGAGCGUUAUCUUAUACCUUCCCUUUCGGCUGUAGAACUAAGUUUUCCGGGUGUGCCUGAUCAGGGGGCCCCCCUAUAUUCUUUUUCUUCUUUAUCAGGGGCCCCACAUCCCUCUAGGGCCCUCAGCACCCCUGCAGGGGCCCCAGAGUCUGCUGCUGAGGGGGGCCCCCAUAUACUUCCUGCUGCUGCAGCGACAAUGGCGUGGCAUAGCCACGGAAGAACUAAUAAAGAACUUGUGGAGAACCUGAAGAGAGCAGGGAUAUUCAGAGACCAACGCGUAUUCGACACAAUGCUAAAGGUAGACCGAGGGAAGUUUGUUAAAGAAAGCGCUUACUUAGAUAUGCCGCAGCCAAUAGGCUUCGGUGCUACGAUCUCAGCCCCGCAUAUGCAUGCAAUUGCUCUGCAGCAACUCGCAGAUAAACUCCAGUGGGGUAGCAGGGCCCUUGAUGUCGGUAAGACUCUUGCGCUGUACAGAUAG